AGAAGGUCAAACCUCUUCUUCUUCGAUCUCUUUUAAUCAAUCAAAAAAAAAAGUUCGGUUUCUUUCUCAAACCCUUUCCAGCGAUGUCAGGUUACCCUCCGACGAGCCAAGGCUACGGUUACGGCUACGGCGGUGGGAAUCAACCUCCCCCUCCUCAGCCACCUUACUCCUCCACCGGAAACAAUCCUCCGACGAGCCAAGGUCACGGUUACAGCUACGGCGGCGGAAACAAUCCUCCGUACGGAUCAUCAUCUCCUUACGCUGUCCCCUACGGCGCGUCGAAGCCCCAAUCCUCGUCUGCUCCUUCUGCUCCACCGUACGCUCCUUCUCCUCCUCCUCCAGGGGACUUCAACCCGCCGAAUGAGAAGCCUUUCGGCGGCGGCUACGGAGCUUCGCCGCCGUCUGGACCUUACGGUGCUGCUCCUCCCCGUCCGGGAGGAUACGGAGCUGCUCCGCCGCAUUCCGAAUACGGCGGUUACGGCGCUGCGCCGCGUCCUUACGGCGGAUACGGAGCUGCUGCUCCGCCGUCGGGGGUUCCUGAAUACGGCGGUUACGGUGGUGCUCCGCCUCGUCCAGGAGGAUACGGAGGCUAUCCUUCUCCUCAGGGGUCUUCUUACGGAAGCCCCUUCGCUUCUCUGGUUCCGUCGGGUUUUGCUCCGGGGACGGAUCCGAACAUAGUGGCUUGCUUCCAGGCUGCGGAUCAGGACGGAAGUGGGUUCAUCGAUGACAAGGAGCUUCAAGGGGCUUUAUCGUCUUACCAGCAGAGGUUCAGCAUGAGAACUGUUCAUCUUCUUAUGUAUCUGUUCACCAACACCAACGCCAUGAAGAUAGGACCUAAGGAGUUUACUGCACUUUUCUACAGUCUUCAGAACUGGAGGUCCAUCUUUGAGAGGUCUGAUAAGGACAGGAGCGGGAGAAUAGAUGUGAGUGAGCUGAGAGAUGCGCUUUUGAGCCUCGGGUUUUCAGUUUCUCCUGUUAUUUUGGAUCUUCUUGUUUCCAAAUUCGACAAAAGCGGUGGCAAGAACAGGGCCAUUGAAUAUGACAAUUUCAUUGAGUGCUGUCUCACUGUUAAGGGAUUAACAGAGAAGUUCAAGGAGAAGGACACAGGAUACUCAGGCUCUGCUACUUUCACUUACGAAUCCUUCAUGCUCACUGUCCUCCCCUUCCUCAUCGCAUAACGGAUGAACCCCUUUACACAUUUUCACAUCUUCUUAUGUUGUUGUUGUAUGUUUGUCGCUGGUGUGGAUGCUUUUGUUACAAGUUACUUUUCCGGUUUGGUUGGAUUCCAGAGUUCAAAACAAGUGUAAAAACAAAAUAAAAAAAUCAAUCAACUCAUUGUUAUGAUUGUGUAUUAUUACAUUUUGGUGUAUAAAAGUUUCAAACAACUCA